AUGCCCUCUCCCGAUAAACCUCGUCAAUGUGCUUCUUGCCUAAUUUGUGGAAAUUCAACAAUUGAAUUUAAUUAUGGCGUUGUCUGCUGCAAUGCGUGCAAAAUGUUCUACCGUCGUGCAAUCAAAUCAAAAAGUCGUGAGUGUGCUGGUUGCAAUUCCAGGAAAUGCAGAUACUGUCGUUUCCAAAGAUGCGUCAGUGCAGGAAUGCAAAUACCGUGCAGGAAUGGAAUAAAUCCUGUUCGUUCUCAAUCACUUCCUGAGAACUCAUGUCUGGAUAAUCUUCUUGCCAUUCUGCUCCGUUUGAAUCAUGAUCGUGAGGAUAAACUGAGCAACGGCUAUCACCAUCAUACUGAGAACCUAUCAAUCCAUGAAGUGAUCGGACGUCCGGAACCGAUAACUUUCGUGCCAAGACCCAAAUACAUCAAAAUGAAUGUGGUGGAAUGGGAACUCAUGAUUGCCUUGACGUCCGUCGAUUACCUCAAAAAAGUGGAGUUCAUGAAUCUCCUUGGCUCGGAAGACCGCUCGAUUCUCCUUAAAAAUCGGUAUCCUUCUUUUUCACUAUUUGCAAUCGCUCAUCAAUCGUUCGAUAAGAUGGGUCAGUCAUUUAUGUCCCUUCCUGAUACACUAGAAGUCAUACCGACUCUGGAGGAUGAAGGAGAUUUGGAGAGAAGCAUAAAGUGCCGGUUGACGGGUCGGAUAAAAGACCUGCAAGUGACAAAGGAGGAGUUCUUGUUGCUCACAAUGGUCUUCUUUUGUGAUGCAGGUCUCGCCGACUUGUCAGAAACCGGAAAAGCGCUCAUCGAAACCAACAAACACCACUUCACAUCUGCUCUCCUCGCCUACUGUAGACAGACGUACCCGCAGAAUGGACCAACUCGAUUCGCUGAUCUUCUCUCAUUGUUCCAUGUUGUAACGAAGACUUCCGAGGAUAUGUUUAUCCAUCAACUCUUGUUUUCCGUCAAGUACCCCGAUUUGACCUACACCAACGUCUUUGGACAGUGA